UUUAAAUCCCGCCAUCCCCAACUCUCGCAACUAGCCCAAGAAAACAACAGUCAGUACAGCUCUCUCUUUCUCUCUCUAGCUGUAUCUCACCAGCUUUCUCUUCAGUUCUCCUAAGUCUCACCGCUAUCAUUCACUCGCCUUUCUCGUCCUGAUCAUGGCUCCUGAGCUUGUUCAUGCUGCACUAAAACCCGCCAGUUUCACCAAACCUCCCACUUUGCCCAGCCGGGCUUAUGUUACUUUCUUGGCUGGCAAUGGAGAUUACAUUAAAGGCGUUGUUGGGUUGGCUAAAGGUUUAAGAAAAGUCAAAACUGCUUACCCAUUAGUGGUGGCAGUCUUACCUGAUGUCCCCGAGGAGCAUAGGAAGAUUCUCGAGUCACAAGGCUGUAUAGUCCGAGAGAUCGAACCCGUUUACCCACCCGAAAACCAGACCCAGUUUGCCAUGGCAUAUUAUGUAAUUAAUUACUCUAAGCUCCGUAUAUGGGAGUUUGUCGAGUACAGUAAGAUGAUAUACUUAGACGGGGACAUCCAGGUUUUUGAUAACAUAGACCACCUUUUCGAUUUGCCUGAUGGACAUUUCUACGCAGUAAUGGAUUGCUUCUGCGAAAAAACAUGGAGCCACACUCCACAAUAUAAGAUCGGCUACUGCCAGCAGUGCCCCGACAGAGUCAAGUGGCCUGCCAAGUUAGGUCAGCCUCCAUCUCUCUAUUUCAAUGCCGGAAUGUUUGUGUUCGAGCCUAGCAUCUCCACUUACCAUGAUCUUCUAAAGACCGUCCAGAUCACACCUCCUACCCCCUUUGCGGAGCAGGAUUUCUUGAACAUGUACCUUAGGGAUAUUUAUAAGCCAAUUCCUGUUGUUUAUAAUCUUGUUCUUGCAAUGUUGUGGCGUCAUCCGGAGAAUGUUGAGCUUGACAAGGUGAAAGUUGUUCACUACUGCGCAGCGGGAUCUAAGCCAUGGAGAUAUACUGGCAAAGAAGAGAAUAUGGAGAGGGAGGACAUAAAGAUGGUGGUGAAGAAAUGGUGGGACGUUUACAAUGAUGAAUCACUUGACUAUAAGAAACAGCCAGCGGCAGAUGGUGAUGCUGAGCCAAUGAACUUGCAGCCAUUCAUCGCAGCUCUCUACGAGGCUGGUGCUGUUCAAUAUGUCACAGCACCAUCAGCUGCUUGAAGAUGCAAGAUGUCGAUCAGUAGAAGAGGAAAAGCAACUAAUUGUAGAUGUAGAAAUGAGAGUCAAAAAUUCCUUUUCCACAUUGAAAUGGGGUGAUGAUGAUGGUCAUAUAUCAUGGAAGAGGAAUAAGCUUUUGUUCCUCUCUUCGUUAUUUUUUUUCCCUCUUUCUUGUUACUAAAGUAUGCAUGUCCUGCCAUGCUAGAGAGCGAGUCAUGGUCAAGGAAACAGAGGCGUGGAUGUUGGGAUGUAUAUUCUGUUGUUAGCGUUUGUGUUAGAAAAUGUAUGUAAUCUCAUGGAGGAAUGGUGAAUUGCAAAUAUACUAUUAUUUGAAGAAAAAUAAUUGUUUUCUUCU